CCAAACUGAAUAUAUAUUUUUGCUUAUAAUCUUAAAACCGACAAGUUUUAAUUCUCUGAUGAUUAUUUUGUGCUAGAUCGUAGCUUACCAUGUUUCUUAAUGACUUAUUUGGUCCAAAAAAUGUUUACGAAAAAUUCCAGGUUACUUUUGAUAUCUAUUUUGAUUUCCCUGAAAUCUGUUUCAGCAUGAUGAUUCAUCAAUAUUGAUGUGCCUUUCCGCUAAACGCUAAGUAAUAAGCCACUACUUCCUUCAUAUCAUUAUGUAUUUUAAAGUUGCAAAUUUCGUAACCCCGAAAUACUUAGCAAUACAAUUCAUAAUGACUUCAUUAGACCUGCAUACAAAUCAUGACAUCGUGACCAUUGAAGCGAGUUCCCCGUGCUCAGGAGUGGUGGAAGCCAGCUGUCAGUGUUAAACCUGCCGUUGGACAGUCCAAGUGUUGUGAAGUGAAUGGUGUGUGCGGAUUGUAGUGUCGCGAACAUGAAGCUUUUGUGGUGCUGCUUAUUAGCAGCAUUUGUGACAGUAUCCAGUGCCGCUUUGGAUGUCGAAAAAACUGUCAAACAAGUCCAAAGCAUACUCAAAACUAAUCAGCUACUGCCACGGUUAACGAGGGACGAAAUUCUGCAAUUACUCAACGAUAUAAGAGCUGAAGAUGCGAAAUCAGCUUCGAAAGAAUCCAAAGAAAACAAAAACGAAAGUUCUUCAACUCCUUAUAGUACAAUCGAAAAUGAGAUAAACCCUCAAGAAAACAAUUCAGAAAAUACAGUCGCUACUAGUGACAAAAAUAUUGUGACAUCUCCAACACCAGCACCCCUUGACAUUGACCCUACAACAAAAAAGAAUGAACCUACCCUCAUGGUUGUUCUGCCUUACACCCCUCGCGAUGGGUCUUCAUUACAGGAACUGUAUACACGGCCACCAAGAACUGAAGUAGUGAAGAUACCAAGUACUACACCUAAACCCAAGACCUCAAAACCGGCUUCCAACCAAAACAGAGUAAAACCAAAUGACUUACCUCAAAGACUAAUAGAUAAUUUCCCUGAUGAAUUACAAGCGUUCCUUGAUGCCCAUGGUCUGCAAGGAAAACCAGGACAAGAUCAUUUUCUGUUGCCUUUAGAAGGCUUCAAACCAUUACCGCCAGCAAGGAUAGUAGAUGGUUCAGUUGAAUUACCUGAAAAUAUACUGCUUACCUACGACCUUAUAUCACCAAACACUGAUACAAAAACAAAGAACAAUGGAGCCUAUUCCUUAUCUCCAAAUAAUUUCUUAUACGAACCACUGCGUCCUGAACUACCAUUUGAGUUGGAUGUAUCAUCAUCUGAAACAAAAGAGGUCAGUCUUCCCUACGACAUGCCAGUAAAAAAACCUAAAACAGGUCCUACGUUAAACUACGAUCCAAUUGACUACGAUUCAGUAAAAGUUAUACCUUUAAGUAAAGGCAUUAAUCCUGUCAAUGAACAAAUAAAUACAAGUAAUGAACAGAGCAAGAGACAAACUGAGGAUACGACAGCUGCAGUGACAGAAACGACUCCUUCUACAACUACUGAGGAACCUAAGACAAAUGCCGUCACUGAUUCUUCAGUAUCAGCUGAUGACCCUGGAGCUUCCAUAGCUGAUCUAGAAGAUUCCUUUGGUGGUGCAGCUCCAUCAUUACCAGGUGACUCAGAGUUACCACCACCUAGAAAAAAUGGCUUUUACUGGAUGCUUGAUUGGAACAGUUUCUUAGAGGUUGGUGACGGUGACACGAAGGUGAACAUUCGUUUUGAGCCUAAAUUGGGUGAUCCUCAAAUGUUUUUACCGGUCACUGUUCCUUGAGUGUAUAUUUUUGGAAGGAUUAUAUUUAUGAGUUCUAGUCUUUUGGUUAAUGUUAGAGGGUCGAGUGUAAAAAUAAAAUAUGUUAGGGUUACGCUUAGUGAAUUUCUGCAAUGUCCGAUAGCCCCGUUCAAUAACGAUUUUAGAAUUGAUGGUAAUUGGCCCAUUGGAUAUUACAGCAAUUAGGACAAUAUUAGGUGCGUAACGAUUAGCCGAAUUGACAUGAAAUUAGCUAGUGAUGUAUAGUUAUUACUAAAUGAUGUUUCGUGGUGUAAUGUUGAUAGAUGAUUCAAGCGUCGAUUAUCUAAAUUAAUGAUGCAAAAAAAAACUAGUUUAUACGGAACCCAAUAAAUUGCAACACAACAAUUUGCUGUGUUCAACUCAUCUUUGCAAUGUUCACGGUGAAAUACAUCGAUGGAAUGCAGACAAUUAUAUAAAUAGUUCGAAAGUUGAGUCUGUGGUGAAACUGAAGUGUGGGGUAUUAACAUUGUUUGUAAGCAGCCAUUUUGUAGAUUUUAUGAUUAAAUACUUAUUUAAAUGGA